UUAAACAUGUCUGCGCCCGAGAAGAAGGAAGAAGUUUCUAAAGAUCUAUUUAAACAUGUCUUAUUCGGCGUUGGUGUUACAGCUGCAGCAUAUCCUUUAACUUAUGCUAAAGUUUUAGUUCAGAUUGGACAUGAACCAAUUGCACCCAAGCUCACCACAACCUGGCUUGGUCGGAAAACCCUGGUGUUGCCAAAUGUCUUUAAAUAUGUUGGUCAUAUUUGGAAUGAAGAUGGAUUCUUUGGGAUAUAUCGAGGUUUAACCUUCAAGCUAGCAACUGCAGCUGUUGCCAGUGCAACUGCACAUUCAGUGCUGGAGAAUCUCCAGCAACAGCAGAAAAAAAAGAAGUCAGUAUAUGAAGAUAUUGGCAGCAGUGACAACCCAUCAGUCAAAGCUUUUGUUAUAGAGACUUCUAACCAUGUGAUUUCACAAACAGCUGCCAUAAUUGUCUCCCAGCCCUUGCAUGUGAUGACAAUACGGUCCAUGGCUCAGUUUGUUGGAGGAGAGCAGCACUAUAGUGGUUUCUUUUCUUCAUUCGUUGAUAUAUGGAGGGAAGAAGGCAUCCUAGGCUUCUUUUCUGGAAUGAUGCCAAGGCUUUUUGGAGAGUUACUGAUUAUAUUGGUUGCUAACUCCGUAACCUUCGUCGUCAAUUCCUGGGUAUUCACAGAGAUGGACGUCAGGCAUUACUGCGCACCAAUCGCAAACAUUCUGGCAGGAACCGUGAUGUACCCGUUUAAUGUUGUGUCCACUGUGAUGGCAGUCAACAGUUCUGGGUUAGUCGCUGGGAGUCCACCCGCCAUGCCUCACUAUACUGGCUGGAUAGACUGCUGGAAACAACUCAGCAGGGAGCAUGCACUGAAGAGAGGUUCUAGCAUGAUGGUACGCUACUACACAGGACCUGUCAUCCAGCGAGACAACAGCUCAGUGCCGGUUAAAAAAGGGAACCCUGUGACUUGAGGAAUUCAAGUGAUUCUUUGUAGGAAGAUAACGACUCAUCAGUAUAGACAGACAAGGUUGAUGUACCAGUGCAAGCGAUGGUACAGUCAUAAUGCACCUAUGCAUUAUACAAAUCGGACCAGAUUACGUUUGAAUGUCUCAUUACAAUAACGAAUAAAGGUGAUUUUAGUAUGUAUAUCACUGUGGGCUUGAUAAAUAAGGGCAUGGUUGUGCUAUGGGAUCUUGAUUAGGUAACGAGAUUUUAUGAAUUAUGAUUAAAAGCCAGUGGGGGUAGUGCUAUCUGUAAAUGAUGUAUCUAUAAUGCCCGUUUCUUAAAGGUUCACAAAAUUUUGGUUCUAUACAUCAGUGUGGUUAAAAAAUGUGAAGCUUUUGGAUUAUGAAUAUGCAAUCAAUAUAUUUUAUACAAGUUGCAACAUUUGAUGCACAAGCAUAAUAUAAUCCAGGAGUAAUUCAAAAAAAUCCAAGUAUAAAUUUGACUGGUUCACUCUCGUAAAUAGUCCAAAUCUACCAAUUUGAGAUCCCAAAUAUGAUAGUAAAAUUCCCAUUAUUUUUAAAGCUUAGAUCUUUUUUAUGAACAUACUUUACCUAUUUGUGUUAUGUUAUUUUUUUCGUCAAUUUAUUGUAUGAGUAAGUUUUUUUGAGUAAAAAUGGAAAGUGACAAAAACGUUUUUUUUUCACAAACUUGUCACGAGCAUUGCUGUAUAACAGUCAUGAGAGUCCCACAAGCUAGGCCUUACGUGCAUCUGUAUACCUCCGUAUACUGUUGGUGUCUCCGCCGCCAAGGACAGUCUUCAUUUGUGUUGUCAAGCAAUGAGCAGGUACGAGAUUGCUACAAUAUUCGAAACAUAGGUGCACGUAAUUUGAAGGGUAGCAGAUGAUCUAAUAUUGCUCUAUUGUACUGCUUUGUAGUGCUCUUGUGACAUUGAUUUAAGUAUGUUCUCUAGAAAAGUCUAAUGUUUAAAAAUGACAUUUUGAAAUUUGAUUGUGGACGUAAAUGGUGAGUUUACAAUCGAGGUUUCAAAUGAGGCGAUUUGCAUAAACACUCGUACCAUCUCACGUUUUGGGUACCAUCCCACAAAUGUAGAAUGUUGUUGAGCAAGCUUAUAGAACUUGUAAAUUUCAUUUAAAUAGUUUGAUAUUGAUUGAUAGCUAAUUCUAUGUAUUAUCAGAGCUGAUCAACAGGGAAUAUAUAUUAGAAAUAUGUUAUUGUUUGUUACAUGUCAUUUCCUUCUUAAUUAAAUCCUACCAGAAGGGAAUAUGUUAUUGAAAUAAGCAUGUUUUUAUAGUUUUCAUUUCAGAUCAAGCACUUUAUCAAUUGAUCAUCACCAAAAUAAAGACAUCUAUCGUUUAGCAUUGUG